CAAAUAACACACUCUGCUUUUGAAACUAACCGAUUAUUUAUGGAUUUUACAAAACUAUCAACAGUGGCAGUGAGUUCGUAUAGUUUAACUAUUGAAAACGUUGUCGCUCUGGGAACUAUUUUGUGCCGCGAAGCAGUAUUUUGGCUGCGCAUACCCCUUUUCUUAUUGGAAGCCAUGAUGGAAGUUUAGCAGCAGGAGAGUUUAGCAGCGGAGCAGCGGCUGAGAGGAAACGCAGGGACCGAGCUGGAAGCUUUUUGCGAAAACGACUCCUUUAAAAUUAAAUAUAACCGAGGAGGGUUUUUUUAAUCACAUGGUGGAGGCUGUCAAAUUUCUCUUUAUGCAUUGGAAUACUGACGAGGACGCGGAUGGUUGAAUUUUGUUGCGCUUUUAUGUAUUUUUCUUUUCUUUUUUUUUAAGAUGUACGUACCUGCUAACUCGCUAGCUAGACAGCUAGCCGCUCGUUAGAGCCACACGGAGCCGCCUGCCUGCUGCCCGCCUGGCGCCGCUACUACUGCCGCUGCUCCCCUCAUUCUGCUUCAGAAACGUCGGAGAGGAUUUUCUCUCCGCAUUUCGGGCACAAUCACGGCGACUGCGGCGGAUUCAGAGACUUGGCGUGCUUCGGAAACAUCUCUCUGCGAGACGUGGAGACGCGUGUACCUUCUUGGUAGCCGGAGGAUUUGCGGCCGUGUCGGUGUGGAUUUGGGCGGCCGGGCCUGCUCUAGGCCCUCCUUCUGUGUGAGCCAGAAGCAGCAGCCAGCACACGGCCGCUAGCUUAGCAGGAAAAAAAAAAACAGAAGAGGAAAAAAAAGCCUUAACGACGGCAUUUCACCCGGAGGCCACGAUACUCUCUAUUACUUUAAAAACCCUAAAGACUCCUUUCACAGCUAUGGCUACGAUCAUACAGAAGAUGGUCAGCCGAAACAAAAGGAGAUACCAGGAGGAUGGGUUUGAUUUGGACUUGACGUAUAUUUAUCCCAACAUAAUUGCUAUGGGCUUUCCUGCUGAGAGACUCGAGGGGGUGUACAGAAACAACAUAGACGACGUUGUACGGUUUCUGGAUUCGAAGCAUAAAAAUCAUUACAAGAUAUAUAAUCUAUGCGCAGAGAGACAUUAUGAUGCUACCAAAUUUAAUUGCAGAGUUGCACAAUUCCCGUUUGAAGAUCAUAAUCCUCCACAGUUGGAGCUCAUCAAACCGUUCUGUGAAGACUUGGAUAAGUGGCUCAGUGAAAAUGACAAUCAUGUGGCUGCCAUUCAUUGUAAAGCUGGCAAGGGCCGGACGGGUGUAAUGAUCUGCGCAUACUUAUUACACCGAGGCAAGUUCGGGAAAGCAAAAGAGGCUCUGGACUUCUACGGAGAGGUCAGGACCAGAGACAAGAAGGGUGUGACGAUCCCCAGUCAGAGGCGAUACGUCUACUACUACAGCUACCUUCUGAAGAACCAGCUCGACUACAAACCGGUGGCACUGCUCUUUCACAAGAUGAUGUUUGAGACGGUGCCCAUGUUCAGUGGCGGGACCUGUAAUCCACAGUUUGUGGUGUACCAGCUGAAGGUGAAAAUCCACACAUCUAACCCAGCACACACGCGGCGUGAAGACAAAUACAUGCACUUUGAGUUUCCCCAGCCGCUGCCUGUGUGUGGAGACAUCAAAGUGGAGUUCUUUCACAAACAGAACAUGAUGAAGAAAAAGGACAAGAUGUUUCACUUUUGGGUGAACACUUUCUUCAUCCCUGGACCAGAGGAGAACUCGGAGAAGGUAGAAAACGGGAGUUUACUGAAGGACCUGGAUGGGAUCCAGAGCACAGAGAGGGGGGAGAAUGACAAGGAUUAUCUAAUCCUGGUUUUAACAAAGAAUGACCUGGACAAGGCCAACAAAGACAAAGCCAACAGAUUAUUUUCCCCAAACUUCAAGGUGAAGCUGUUUUUCACAAAAACAGUGGAGGAACCAUCCAACUCAGAGGCCAGCACUUCAGCGUGUGUAACCCCGGAUGUUAGUGACAAUGAACCGGACCAUUAUCGAUAUUCUGACACAACAGAUUCAGACCCAGAAAACGAACAGCUGGACGAUGAUCAACACACGCAGAUAACGAAAGUUUGAACUUAUUGUUUUGUUUAUGGGAAGACAACAAAAAAGAAUCUUUGCAUAAACCAGAGUUGUAAAAAGGAGAAAACUUGAAUACGAACUGAAAGCAAGUCCUUUUUUUUUUUUUUUUUUUUUUUUUUUUUUUUUGCCUCUCCGAAACAGAAGUACAUAAGUGGGACAUUUUCUCAUGUAAGAUGCCUCCGUUUUUAGGGACACUCUCUGACCAAUUAGCUUUUUUCGUUUGCCCCUUUUUAUUGACAAAGUUGUUAACACCUCCAUAGCUGGGAGCGGGUGGAGGGGGUGAAGUGUGCUGCUGCAUUUCUUGUUCAUAACGAGGCCAGUGCUAAAGUCAGUGUCCAUGCCCUACGUGUGCCCUCCUCUAGUGCACAAAUCGUCCAUCCAUCAGGCCUUCUGUUUUACCUACUGUGAAUCUUUCCGUGCUGUCCGCAGACUAACCCACCCCUUAAAUAAUAGGGAAGUGCAAACUUUCAUAGUCUGCUAGCAUCAUUGCCACUAAUGUAGUAAUAAUGAUUCUUCUGCAUAUUAGGCUAUAUGAGGUUUUAACUGCCCUCUCCCUCCUACCCUUGUCUGUUAACCGCAAAUGCAGCAGGAAAACACAGUAACCCCGAUAUUCUGUCAGUGGUGUGCUGUUUUUAUGUUCACUUUACCACAGCAGGGAAACCAGUGUUGCAAUAAUGUUGACAAAAUAGUGGACAAAGGUUUGCAUGCUAAUUGAAUUAGUAUCCAUGUUGAUGAAUAAAUGUUAUACAGUUUUAUUUUUCUCCCUUCAUAUGCAACGUUUCUGCUGGCAUUAAGGUUUGGUUAUGUUUAGUUACCAGGUGACACCCCAUGUCAUUCUCUCACCAGGUGUAUUAGUAUUAAUUGUUAAGCCAUCAGUGGCAUUAUAUUUUAUAUCACAUGGAUUUUUCCCUAUUGAAACUGCUAAUGUGUAAUUAAUCAGUUGGCACAGAGCAGAUCUCUUCUGGGUUCUUGUUUUAAGCUCUGAACGUCAGUCAGUCAGGCUGUUUACCGCGUCACUACGUUAACAAUAUGAGACGGAACUUGUCUUGAGGUUUCUGCGUGGCCAUGGUGGGUCGAAUCACACGCUAGUCUGAACUUGUGUGCUUGAUGGUUUACUUGUGGCGAGGGACUUGUGAUCGUGGCCUGGCUGUGUGGAGAAAUACCUGCUGAACGCUGUGUAUGAAAGAGACUUGAAUGUAAGCUUGUGUUCCCCUAAGUGCUAAUAAGAAACCUCAUCCGGAGUUUUAUGCCAUAGUUUCAUUUUCUCCCCAUCGGUUUUGUUUUUUCUUUUCUUUUUUUUCUUCUUUUCUUUCUUUUAGCCUUGUGUUUUUGGGUCGGACAUCAGAUUCUUGGCUCCUCAGACUGUUUGUAGCCUUAUUGUGUGGUCUAAUGAAACCUGGAUCAUUUACUUAUUCAACAGUGGUGCUUACAAACUGCCAAACUACAAACUUACAAUGAACAAUAAUUUCAGAGCCAGGAAUGUGUGUCUCUGUGGGGGUGCUUCUGUCAGAUGUGCUACUUGUGUAUGUGCUCUGACUGUUACAUCUCCUGUCUGACUGGCUGGCUGGGUUCUCUACAUUUUUAAAGCCCCUUUUCCCUAUAAUCUUGAACAUGAUUCAUUCCUUUUGGAAUGAGGUGCAGCUACAGAUUUUACAUGUCUUGUGCUUGCUUCAGACUUAGUGAGACAGAUUUAAAAAAAAAUAUACAUAUUUAAAUAUCCAUUUUUAUAUAUGUAUAUUUUUUUUUUCCUUUUUUUUUUUUUUUCUUUCCCCGCCUGCAUGCCAAAUUUUUAACAUCUCUCACCGUGAGCCAGAACAAAACAAAAAAAAAAGAGAAGAAUCUCAGUCUCUUGGAUCAUCGCUUAGGGGUGAGGGGUGGUGAGCAAGCUGCCUUUUUCCUGCCGUUGAUGUCAUGGCUUCACUUUUCUCACCGACUCUACACGUGCUGUACAACUCGCUUUCUUUUCAAAAGAAUACGCCUGAGUAAUGGAGCUGUACAGUAGCCAACCCAGGAAAAAAUGACAUCCUUACAAAUCAAGGGUUCAGAUUAUUUUUUUUUUGUUUACAAUUUAUCACUGAAAACCUGCCAAAAUUAAGCUUGAUGAUUUUUUUGUUUGUUUGUUUGUUUGUUUGUUUCUCAUCCAAAGGCAGUAGGUAGGUAUUCUUUGCCUUACUUGAAGCUGACGAUGCUUACUUUCUGCUCUUGCUUUCUACCAUUCUGCCCAAGCACUGACUACAUAGUACUUAUUUAAAGCUACUAUAACAGAGCAACAUAUUGUGCUAGACUUUUGCACGGUUACAGGUUUUUGCAGGGUUUCAGUCAACAGUAUUUCUCACCCAACACAUACACACACACACACUUCAAAAAUUCCCCCUCAGUAAAAAGCCAUGCAAGCAGUGAAUAUGUAGGAUGAAAGAUGAAGUCUUGGUAUGAUCUGUGCAUCCCCCAUAGAACUAUUGUGUGUGUGUGUGUGUGUGUGUGUGUGUGUUUUUGUUUGUUUGUUUGUUGUUUUUUUGACUGAACAUGAAAAAAGGAUUAUUUCUGUCAGUAUUCAUAAGCCCCUCUGCAGGUAUUCUGAUAUCUGACUAUUUACAUUUAGUCAUUUAGCAGAUGCUUUUAUCCAAAGCGACUUACAAACGAGAAAAUACAAGCAAAAAUGUGAUGUUUUAAAUCGGACCAAUCUGUUCAAGGGCAUCACAAGAUAGUGUUGCAUCACAGACCAUCAUUAAGCCUCUGGUAGACUUCGUUUUUUUUUUUUUUUUUUAUGCCUAUGCUAGCGUAUGCACACAGUAGUACGUGUAGACUUUAAAAAUAUACUCAAUUUGACAUGUACGCGUACACAGACGAUCGAUGCGUGCGCGUCAAGACGACUUGCACUAUCCCUCCUGGCCUACAAGAGUCAGUACAGAGCAGUAAAGCAGGUCAUUUGGCGUGAAGGUCGACAACGAAGAAGAAUCACAACACGAAGAACAAUGCUUGGGCAAACCUUCACCAUGUUUAGCACCCAUAUACAAAUCCUUAUACUCCUUUAAGGCUAGAAUUAUACAAAUGCGGGUCCUUUCCAACCUUCACUCGUUUCAGUCUCUUCCCUUUUGUUUUUUUUCUUCAUCUACCUUGAGAAUCAGCAGCCCUGGGUCACUGUUGCCACCUUGUGGAACAGCUAAAUGGUGCAAAAGAAUUAAAUGUGCAUGUGAUGCCGCGCGUAGUCUGCUGACGAUCAUUUGCGUCACGCGUACAGUAUGCUAUUCCUAGCAUACGCAUAAAAAGUGAAGCAUAUUUUCUACUUGAGGACAUCAGUACAAACUCUACUACCCCACCCCCAUGUCAACCCCAACACAUUCAGACAACUUAGAUUCAGUACUGUAGCUCAUCAAAUACAAACACCUGAAACCAUCUGCGUCCUUUUUAUGUGGCACGGGUUUUAAAAAAAAAAAAAAAAAAAAAAAAAAACUUGUGUGGAGCUCACAGGCAGCAUCAAAAAUUUUUUUACGUUUCAGCUUUAAUGAUUUAAAAAAAAUAUAUUAAGGUGCCAGUGUGUAAGUUUCAUGUCAUUAGUUUUAGCUGAUUUGUGCAAUAUGCUAUGAUGCCUGUGGUUACCACAAAGUGCCUCGUUUACUUAAAUAAAAAGAAAAAAAGUGCUCGUUUUAGACCCAGUUUUAGAACAUGGUGUCAUGCAUGUAGACUGACAGGAUGGUACUGUGCACUAACUCACCUGGGCUUUACACACUGCAGAGGACCCACAGGGCUCUGGCCCCUGCCACAUCCUCAUUUUCCCCUCUCCACUUCUCCUCUGGGUUCAGUUCCACUUAGGCGCAAUGUAAACUCGGUAUAUUUUCAGGCGUUUGAAGAAACAGAGCCUUAUUCCAUUUCAGCCUGUUCAGAUAAUUUUGUGAUGUGCAACAGUUGCUCUGUGUGUAAUGCUAUGCACUGAGAAUACACAACCAACAAUGUAUGAAUAUUGUAUAGGUUAUGUACAGGUUAUGAUGCUCAUACAAAUCACUUGUUUGUUUGUAAUUGUAUGUGUAAACUCCCCUUUAUCUUAGUGUUAUAAACCCCACAUAAAUCCAAUAAAGUCUCAUUCUUGUCCACUUUUA